AUGGUCAACAUCACAGACAAGAUCAAGGAGAUUGAGGAUGAGAUGAGGAGGACACAGAAAAAUAAGGCCACAGAAUAUCAUCUCGGUCUACUCAAGGGAAAACUCGCCCGAUUACGUGCGCAACUACUCGAACCAGGCCCGGGAGCAGGCGGAGCAGCAGGAACUGGCUUCGAUGUCUCAAAAUCUGGAGACGCUCGAAUAUCCCUGGUCGGCUUUCCCUCUGUGGGAAAGUCGACAUUUCUCUCGAAAGUCACGAAGACGAAAUCCGAAGUGGCGGCAUAUUCUUUCACCACCCUGACGGCGAUCCCUGGGGUAUUGGAGUAUGGAGGUGCUGAGAUCCAGGUACUCGAUCUGCCGGGUAUCAUUGAGGGUGCUGCAGAAGGCAAAGGUCGUGGACGCCAGGUCAUAUCUGCGGCGAAGACAAGCGACAUGAUUCUCAUGGUCCUAGAUGCCACCAAACGAGCCGAGCAGCGUGCACUUCUCGAGGCCGAAUUGGAGGCUGUGGGUAUUCGACUGAACCAAGAACCGCCAAAUAUCUACCUCAAGGAAAAGAAAGCUGGUGGCAUGAAGAUCACAUUCCAAGCACCGCCGAAGUAUCUCGAUGAGAAGAUGCUCUACAACAUCCUACGAGACUACCGUAUCCUCAACUGCGAAGUGCUCGUCCGAGACGAAAAUGCCACUGUCGACCAAUUCAUUGAUGUGAUCAUGAAGAACCACAGGACUUACAUCAAGUGCAUAUACGUCUACAACAAGAUCGACAGCGUCAGCCUCGACUUCCUGGACAAGCUUGCCAGAGAACCAAACGCGGCGGUCAUGAGCUGCGAGCUUGACCUGGGCAUUCAAGACGUAGUAGAGCGGUGCUGGGAGGAACUUCGUCUCAUGCGCAUCUACACCAAGCGGAAGGGUAUCGAGCCUGACUUCAGUGACGCACUGAUCGUGCGCAACAACAGUACGAUCGAGGACGUAUGCGAUGCCAUCCAUCGAACGCUGAAGGAGAGCUUCAAGUAUGCUCUGGUCUGGGGAGCAAGUGCGAGGCAUAUCCCUCAGCGGGUGGGCCUGUCGCAUGUGGUGUCUGAUGAAGACGUCGUGUCCAUUGUCGGUACCAAGAGUGGCCUGUCGGCUGCGACGAAGUAA